AUGUGUUCAUUAUUCUAAGGGAUCAAAUUAAAUAUUUUCACUGUAAACAUCAUAACUAAACAAUCUAUCAAUUGCCCUGCCCUUACAAUAGUUAUUGAAGAUUAAGUUGAGAUUUAAUUGAAUUUAAAAUCUACAUAUUGGAAUUAUAAGCUAUUACUAUCAUAAAAUGGAGAAUAGUCAGCUGGUAGGGAAAUUAAGUUAAUUGUUGUACAAAUACCUAAAGUUUAUAAGCGCCACUCUGGAAAACAACCAAAGAACUGCAAUCCUUUAACUAAACCUUAUAAACUGCAAACUCCAAGAAAUAUAGAGAUUAACUGCAAUAAAUUGGUAAAAUUUAGCGUGCUAUUGUGUAUUUCUACUAAAAUAAACAAUAUUAUUAAAGAUUUAACAAUAAAUCCCAAAAGUAUUUAGAAUAAGAAGAAAUAUCCUACAUAUUUAGGCAUUUCAUAUAAAUACCCAUAAAGAAAUAAGUAAAUUAUAACAAAAGCGUCAUAUGCUAUAGUAAUUAUGUAUGAUGCCAAGAAACGCAUCUCAAAUCUCGGAUUCUAAAAAUCAUUCAAGUUAAAUAGAAUUACAGAAAGCAUUUUGAAAUCAAAUCUCUAUUUGUGUCUUUGA